AUGUUUUCUUUACCUGCAAAUCGUAGAGUAUUCCUAUUUCCCCACCUUUGAGGUAACCAUGACGUGUACAUACACUUUACCUUAGAACAUAAAGGCUAAUGAAUAAUCAGUGUAAGCGUUGUUGGACAGGAGGUUUUCUGCGGUUAUUUCUGGUCGGGAAAAGAAGCUGCAGGCUAAGUAAAUAAAAAAAGUCGUCUGUGUCCAGGUGGAAUCGCAAUUAAAUUGCACAGCAGAGCUCUUAAGGCCAGCUUCCUCUGGUCAUCCCGCAGAGGCGUCUUCUUAGAUCCCCUGCUCUGGGAUGUGGUUUCUGCGGCGGCACACACCUCUGGGGCAGCGGGAAAGUGCAGCCACGCCGCUGCAGGCCUGCAUGUCGCCUGUGUUCCAUUUCUUUUUUGUGUCAGUCCAUUGGAUCAUUUCGCAUGAAUCUAAACUGUCGGCCUAUUAGAAGAAUCGUGGUAAAAGCCACAGGAUCAGCUUUGGAGAAAAGAUAAAAAUCGGCCUUUGUUCAACAGUCAUGACAUCACUUCAGAUGUUUACUGAGCCGAAUCUCCAAUCGAUUCCGUGCAGAGCAAAGUGAAAAGGGUCACAUGAGUGCGGAGAAAAUGGACAGGGCCGCAACAAUCAGUUCAGUUAAAAGCCAUUAAUUUCAGAAAAAUAGUUUGCAUUUAUGGUGAUUUAUUGCGUCGUGCAUCUUUAAAGCCUUGCACCCUUGCCACACAUUUUUCUUGUGCAGUCCUACAGAGGGGGUUACUAAGGAGAUAUGACGCUGCUGUGGUGCGACACUGUGAACAUAGUAAACUUUGGUACGAACAAAUAUGCUCGACGGGGUUUUGUGCUAGAUGUGAUCAUUGCCACAUCGAACUGGAAGAUGGAGACCUGUCUUUGUCUGCUUUACGCGACAGACCUGCAGUCCAUUUGACUUUCAGUUUGCGCUCAUGACAAGCACGGAUUUAUCUGACAAUCCCCGAGUGUUUUGACUUAAACCACCACAGAGAGGCCCGGAUGUCCUCCUCGCAGAGUGAUCUGCCCCUCACCAGACUAUCCAUCCUCUAAGAUGUCCCAGUCCACUGCUACCGAAGAAGGAGGCACCUUCGAGCACCUGUGGAGCUCCCUGGAGCCAGAUAGCACCUACUUUGAGCUUCCCCCGGGCAGCCAGCCAGGUGAGCGUCCACUGCCUUCUACCAGCACCCCGGGCAGCCAUCGCAGCACUGCUGAGGGCUCCAUGGAAGUCUACUACCUGAGGGACAUGAACGAUAAUGAUAAUGUGAUGUCCCAAUACAACUUGCUGAGCAGCAGCAUGGAGAGCCUGGGGAGCCGUGCAACGUCCGCCAGCCCCUACAGCUCCGAGAACGCCUCCUCGUCGGCCGUGCCCACCCCCUCACCCUACUCCCAGCCCAACUCCACCUUCGAGGGCCUGUCGCCUGCCCCGGCCAUCCCCUCCAACACCGACUACCCGGGACCGCACACCUUCCAGGUGUCCUUCCAACAGUCUAGCACCGCCAAGUCAGCCACAUGGACCUACUCUCCGUUGCUGAAGAAGCUCUACUGUCAGAUUGCCAAGACGUGUCCAAUCCAAAUCAAAGUGUCCUCCUCUCCUCCACAUGGCAGCAUCAUCAGAGCCAUGCCCAUCUACAAGAAGGCAGAGCACGUCACAGAAGUAGUCAAACGCUGCCCCAACCAUGAACUAGGACGAGACUUCAAUGAUGGCCAAGCAGCCCCAGCCAGUCACCUGAUCCGAGUGGAGGGGAAUAACCUCAGUCAGUACGUGGAUGAUCCCGUCACUGGUCGACAGAGUGUAUUUGUGCCCUAUGAGGCUCCACAGGUGGGGACUGAGUUUACAACCAUCCUCUAUAACUUCAUGUGCAACAGCAGCUGUGUGGGCGGAAUGAACAGGAGACCUAUCCUCAUCAUCAUCACCUUGGAAACCAGAGAUGGUCAAGUGUUGGGCAGAAGGUCGUUUGAAGGUCGGAUAUGUGCAUGUCCUGGCCGAGACCGAAAAGCAGAUGAGGACCACUUCAGGGAACAACAGGCCCUGAAUGAAAGUGUGUCCAAAAAUGGCAGUGCCAACAAGCGCAACUUCAAACAGAGUCCGCCAAAUAUUCCCAGCCCAAAUAUUAACACGAGGAAGAGGCGUCAUGGAGAAGAAGAGGUUUACUAUAUUCCUGUUCGUGGUCGGGAGAAUUUUGAGCUGCUGAUGAAGAUUAAAGACAGCUUGGAGCUGGUGGAUCUGGUACCACAACAACUGGUGGACUCCUACAGACAACAAACACAGCAGCAACUUCUGCAGAGACCGAGCCAUAUAGCAUCCCCCUCCUCUUACUCUCCACUGUCCAACAUGAACAAGCUUCAUGUCCAUGGAGGCCUCAGCAAACCGCCCUCAGUCAACCAGCUGGUGGGGCAGCAGUCCCAGCAACACCCUACUGCCCCCACCUCUAUAGCUCAUAUGGGUUCAAACAUGCUCAACAGCCACCACAUGCAGGCCAAUGGUGAUAUGAAUGGUGGCCACAGCAGUCAGACUAUAGUGUCUGCUCCCCACUGCAGCCCGCCCCCUCCGUAUAAUCCUGACCCCAGCCUUGUCAGUUUUCUAACCAGUCUGGGCUGUCAGAACUUCAUUGAGUACUUCACCUCCCAAGGCCUCCAGUCUAUCUACCAUCUCCAGACUCUCUCCAUGGAGGAUUUAGGUGCAAUGAAGAUACCCGAGCAGUCCCGUCUUGCCAUCUGGCGAGGACUGCAGGACAUGAAACAAAGUGCUUCCCUUCAACUGCCUGCCUCUACUCAUCACCAUGACUAUCAUGGCCAGCAGCUUCUUCGCUCCAGCAGCAACAUGGCUGCCUCUGCCAUGGCAGCCAUUGGAGCAGGCGGGGAACUGCAACGCCAGCGUGUCAUGGAGGCUGUGCACUUUCGUGUCCGCCACACCAUCACCAUCCCCAACAGGUCAGGUGUUGUUGGGACAUCAGGGAUGGCGGCUGCUACUGAUGAGUGGGCUGAUUUUGGUUUUGAUAUGCCCGACUGCAAGCUGUCACGGAGCAAGCACUCCAUCAAAGAGGAGUUCAUGGAAAGUGAUGUUCACUGAGCCCGAAAGGAAUCUUUGGACUGUUUUGCCAAUAUUAUUGUCAGCAUCAGCCUAUUUACUCAGUAAAAGCAUGUGGAUAGGGUCUUUAAAUGUGCUUUUAAGUGUUGCUGUUAUAUUUCAGUCGUGAAUGAAAUUUCACUGAUUUUGCAGAGAAUCAAACUUAGUUUUGAGUGUGGCACAUUCUCAGUAUAUUGAUGCACUUUCGUGUGCUGUCUUUAUUUUGUGCUUCAACACUUGCUCCAUGCAGAAUAUUGAAAAUGAAAGGAGUUCUCAAUCCUAAACACCACUAUGACAUUAGCAUUGUCAAGGCAGUGCUAAACACAAAUGGCAUGGACUAUACCUUUGGGGACUCCGAUAAGUGCGUGUUAAACAGGGAAAUACAUUUAACAGGAUUUUGUUUGGUUGCACUGUGCAAUAAUACAUGACACAUUUUCAGCCUCUAAUUACAUUUAUAGUGGAAAUAAAAUGUAGCAACUGCACAAUCGCACAAAUGUCACAAUAGAUGUAGAUCACCAUUUCAUAACUCACUAAUUGCAAUUUUGUGUUUGAUUACAAAAUAGGUACUCAGCUGACUUAUUUAUUGUUCUCCCCGUUCUCCUUUACUUGUAAAAAUGUAUAUACUAUAUCUUGUAAAUGUUUUGGAAUAGAUGUGGUUGAAAAGGGGUAUUCAUAUUCAAAACGGUGUAUCUCCCAAUUGACCCAAAUGUAUAGAAUUGAAUGGUAACACAAACUCACAGCUAAGGGAACAUAUAGUUCUGUAUAUUUUUAAUGACUUCGAUAAUGUGAUGACCUCUAGUUCAGUAUGCCUUCAUCAUUUCAUUGUUAAAAAAAUUGUUCAGUGGGUUUUGGUAUUAAUAGUGUGUAAUCAUAAAAACUCCUAAUGGAAAUCACAGUCAUGCACAUGCAAUAUCAUAUGUAAGACAUUGCAUCCAUUACUUUUUUAUUAAGUCACAGAAAUACUGUGUUACUUCUUGUAUAGAUGCACAUUGCAAAACAGUAGAGAGACAAAAUAUCAAAAUCAGUAUUAUAAGUUAAUAGCAGGGAUCUAAUCAGAAUAGUGAAUAAUAAAUUGAGAAUCACAUCCCUGUUUACCAAGACACAAGACAAUACAGUAGCAUUUUCUUCCUCUUUGCAUUUUGAAAAACCUUGCAGGGCAAGGUUCUCAUAUAUUGAUUAUAGUUAGUGAUGUACUUAGUAUGUAGCCUAUCUUCAUGGCACUUGUCUGUGUAUAUUUAAUGACAUUCCAGUUUAAUUUCUAGAUUAUCAUCCAGCAUGAUUAACCAUGGUGCAGUUCUAGUAAUGUGUCAAAACUGUUUGUAGUAACUACAUGACUUUGUACCAUGAUAAUAAUUUGUGCUUAACUUGCAGCGAUCUUUUUUUUAUAAAGGCCUUCUUACUUACAAAGACAUACAUACUUUCACCUAGAAAAUAACAACUGGUCAAAGAAAAAGCACUUUAAUGCUUUAAAAGUAAAAUAAUUUAGGGUUAUUUGUGCUUAGGAUCAGUAUUAUGCAUUACCACGAUGUAAAUAGAAAUCGUGCUUGUUUUGAUGUUACUGGUGAGCUUUUUGUUAUCGGUUUUGUCAAGAUUAUUAAGAUGUGUUCUUGUAUAACUAUUGCUGUUCAUCAGAAUCCAUUAGUUUCUAAGGUUGUAAAGUUGUGUUUUUUCAUGGAUCAUGGAGAUUAAAACAUUUGCCUUUCUU